AUGUUACGUUUUAGGAAAACAAACUUCUUUUCUGAGCACAAAGCAGGUUAUGAUGCUUUCUGUAAAAUAGUGAUCAAAGAAAGGUUAGUAGUGAAUUGUGAGAUUCUGCGCUUGACGAAAUUGCAGCAACUACUUCUCAAACAUAUACAGCUUGAAGAACGUGCGCACUUAGAAAACAUACGGUAUGGGCUUAUAUAUCAUUAUAUGCAUUAAUUUAUUAUUUUAGAAACAUUUUUUUUGUAAAAAUGUCACAUCUCUUGAGUCUUGAUUGUCUUAGUUGGAUAAUUACCCAUUUUUUCUCUUUAAGAUCUGAUAUGUUGAGAGUGAGAUUACAAAGGGAUUUUGAGCAACUUGUGUUUCACAUUCCAUCAAGAAGGUUUGUAAAUCACUCAGUGCUUUUCGUUUAUGCGUUUAUGUUAUAAGUGUGAAAACAUUAUGAUCAAUGCUAUACACUCAAAUAGAACUAAAAUUAUAUAUGUUUUUGACAAUUAACAUGCCUGUACUGAUAAUACCGUAUUUUAGGAAUGAAUCCACAAUUGUAUAUUGUCAAAAUGUAACAGCUGGUGACAUAGCACAGCAGUACUUGCCUACAAGUCAAGUUUCUAGUGUUGAAGACGAAAGUGAUGAAAAUGACUCUUCAGAAGUUUUAGAAAAUGAGAUUAGAAGCGGUAGAAUUGACAGGCAUCAAACAAGUCAGGAAGGCAGUUCUGAAAAUACAUUUAAAGAAUUGUUUAUGUCAG